UCGCGCGCAGAGAAGACGGCGGUUCGGCUGCGACUGGGAUGUCGGUGUUGAGGCCGGUAGACAAGCUGCCUGAGCUGAACAGAGCCACCGUCUUGCUGGUGGGCGCGGAGGAUGCACUUCUGCAGCAGCUGGCGGACUCCAUGCUCAAGGAGCACUGCGCGUCCGAGCUGAGGGUCCAUUUGGCAAAGUCCCUCCCUCUGCCCUCCAGUGUGAUUCGACCCCGAAUUGACCUGAUCGUGUUUGUGAUUAACCUUCACAGCAAAUACAGCCUCCAGAACGUGGAGGAGUCCCUGCACCAUGUAGAUGCCAGCUUCUUCCUAGGGAAGGUUUGCUUCCUCACCACAGGUGCUGGGCGGGAGAGCCACUGCAGCAUUCACCGGAACACGGUUGCCAACCUGGCCCACACCUACCGAAGCCCCCUGCUCUUCUGUGACCUGGAGGUGGAAGACUUCCGAGCCACCAUGGCACAGCGCCUGGUACGCAUGUUGCAGAUCUGUGCUGGCCAUGUGCCUGGUGUCUCAGCUCUCAACCUAUUGUCCCUGCUGAGAAGCUCCGAGAGUCCCCUGCUAGAGGAGCCAUGAGGGCCACUGGCCACUGGUCUGUCCCUCCCCAUGCUUGCUGCUGGCUCCACAAGCAGUUACUAUUGGUGGGAACAGUCAGGGCCUGAGGCAG